AUGGCUAUCUUUGACCUGGCGUAUCCCGGGGCGACCAUCAACGCCAUCGGCUAUAAUCACUUUGACAACUUUAUCUACGGCGCUGUGGGACCCCAAUUAACCGAGAACAUAUUGCAGAUUUCCGCCUUGGCGUCAACUGUGAUCUUCCAACCGGGAUUGAAUGUGCCAUAUCCGCUUAGGGUAGCUGAUUUCGACGGCGCAGGGAAUUACUGGGGAUCUUCAGUUGUCCAAGUUACAGUGCAACUCGGCCAAAGUCUCGGCAACACGUACUGGACGCAAGUCAAUCUGGCCCCAGGCACAGCCAACUAUGGCAAGCAGAUCGCUAGUGGCAAGGCAGCAUUUCCUCCUACCUUGGGCAUGUAUGAUUGGGUCUAUCUGCCAGAAGGACAGCAAAACUUGUGGACGGUUGCAAGUGGAAUUACCAUUCUUGGUUUCCAACUCUAUCGCUUCGAUCUCUCCAGCAAAACAUGGUUCGCAUCGACCAAUUACGGCACUCUGCUCGGCUUGACCGUAGGAGCCGGCUUCGGUGCACUUUACCCGGGUGAAUACGGCUACUUUUACGGUUCAGAAAACGGUGGCGGAGACAUCUGGCGUUUCCCAUUGCCCGGAUUCAACAACGAUAAAGCUGUCCGGGUUACCUCAGGGCCGGCUUCGAGCCAGAACGACGGCGCUAGGUGUUGGGCGCAAAAUGGGUGA